AUGAACCUUUGUAAACAGUACGCUGUGGCUGGAGAUUGUUGGAGCGAAGCGAUAGAUAAGGUGAAGGUCAUCCAAUCAGCUGAGACAGCAGACGUUGGCCAAUUGGCGAAGGUGCCACUCGGUGGUCUAUUGUGCGUACCUGUACGCGGUGUCUCGCCACCACCGCUGCUGACACUUCAAGGCGAGGAGCGAGGUGGCGUCGCGUCGUCGACUCGGAACGACGUGUGCUCACCGCACAGGUGUAUGUGUGACUUGGCUCCGACCGAUUCAAACACGUACAAAACACAAUAUACACGGCAAGAAAGAGCGAGGCAGCAGAAACACAACAGAGCACACCUCACCACAGCACUGCAUACAGACACAUCACAGCAUUUCCGGUCCGGUCCGGUCCGCUCCAGUCCGGUCCGGUCCGGUCCGGUCCCUUCCAGUCCGGUCCGGUCCGGUCCGCCGCACAAGCACAAGUUUCGAUUCGCUGCCGCCACCGCUGCCGCCUCCCUUCAAGAUUCGUCUGGCGAUUCACUGCAGUUCGCGGCGAGACGAAAACUGGUGGUCAUCCGCAUCGCAUCAUCGGCGUCCACAUCCCGACACAAACCACCGAUCGCCAUGGAGUCAAUGGAGUCCAUUCACCAACAGACGUCCCCUGUCAUGGAUUGUUACGGAGACGACCGCGAGGCACUAACCGAAUAUGAGCGCUUCUACAACAACAUCGACUGCAGUGACGUCACGCUGCUGGUCGGUGACGAGAUGUAA